UUUUAGUCCCUAUCGAUAUGUUACGGGUGUCGAUUCUCCUGUGCCUCCUCUCUCCCACGCUCUUCUGCUAUGGAGCGUCGAAUCAAUCGGAGGAGUGGUGGAGAGAUACUUUCAUAUAUCAAAUUUAUCCGAGAAGUUUCAAGGAUAGUAAUGGAGAUGGCAUUGGAGAUUUGAACGGCAUCACGAGUAAAUUGGAACACCUAGCUGAUAUUGGUGUCAGUGCUUUAUGGAUUUCUCCGAUUUAUAAAAGUCCAAUGGUAGAUUUCGGGUAUGAUAUCGCGAAUUUCACGGACAUCGAUCCAGUCUUCGGCAACUUCACAGAUUUUGCGAAACUCGUGGCAAAAGCUAAAACCUUAGGUGUCAAAGUACUACUCGAUUUCGUUCCAAAUCAUAGCUCUGAUAAGCAUCCGUGGUUUCUGAAAAGUAUUCAGAAAAUCAAGCCCUAUGAUGAGUACUACAUUUGGAAGGACGCAAAGAUGCUCAAUGGAACUAGAAGACCACCAAACAAUUGGUUGAGCAUUUUCCAAGGAUCUGCUUGGCAGUGGAACGACCAGCGUAAGCAAUAUUAUCUCCAUCAGUUCGCAGUCGGACAGCCCGAUCUAAACUACCGAAAUCCCGCCCUCUGCGAGGAGAUGAAGAAUGUUCUGAGAUUUUGGCUGAGACUUGGACUCGAUGGAUUCAGAAUAGACACUAUUCCAAAUUUAGUGGAGGACAAUAGGUUUCUCGAUGAACCGAGACUUCCCAACACUGGACUACCAGACACAGAUCCGAAUACACUUCAGCACAUUUACACAGUAGAUCAGAAUGAGACGUACGACGUACUGAAGACCUGGAGAGAAGUGCUGGAUGAGACCAAAGGAACAAAAAAACUCUUCCUGACAGAAGCUUACACCGAUCUACAACAUUUGGUGAAAUUCUACAAGUACGGAUCCAACAUUCCUUUCAAUUUUAUGUUCAUGGGCGACUUGAACAACCGCUCAUCAACAGUGGACUUUAAACGUGCGAUGGACAAGUAUCUGAAUGCUAUACCACCAGGUGAGACACCCAAUUGGGUAGUGGGCAAUCACGAUCAGAACCGAAUAUCUUGGAGAUUCGGGGUUAGACGAUCAGACUGGCUAUCGAUGAUAGCUGCCGUGUUGCCUGGUGUUGGAGUUAUCUACAACGGCGAUGAAAUCGGCAUGGAGAAUCGUCCACUGUCAUAUGCAGAGACAGUAGACCCCGCUGGAUGCAACGCCGGGCCCAACAGGUACACACUCUACUCAAGGGAUCCAGCACGAACUCCAUUCCAAUGGGACAAUACCACGAGCGCUGGCUUCUCAACCAGCAACAAAACUUGGUUGCCUGUUAACUCCAAUUACAAAACCCUAAAUCUCCAGGCUCAGAAGCGAGUGCUUAAUUCACACUACAACAUCUUCAAGAAAUUGGUACAAUUGAAGAAGAAUCCAAUAGUCAAAGAGGGAUCAACGGAGAUCAUCAUCGUACAGAGUGUACUCGGGGUGGUGAGACGACUGCCAGGACGCAAUCCCAUUGUUCUUUUGCUCAGUCUGAAUAUCGGCAAUACGGUGACAGAUGUUUCCGCAUGGAUGAAUAUUCCGGAUCGUAUGACUGUGUACGCCGCGGAUGCUGGCUCGGGAAUUACACCUGGUUCAUCCGUCAAUCUGACCCGCUUCAACAUCCCCGGUUCAGCAUCAAUAAUUUUUGUUUAAACCAAUCAGCCGUGAUUCGCUUUAAUGCUACUUAAUUUCCACGAAUGAUUGAAUACAAUGUAACUCAAUAAAUUAUGAUAAUAUUCAGAAAUGUA